AUGUAAAAUUAUGAAAGAAGUAGAAGUAGAGAUAAACAUCAAUAAAGAGGUUCUGAGAUGGGACGCGGAGUAGGAUCUUCGCGAGGUAACGAAGGGUUCAGAAGCCAAAUUAGAGGACCCUAAUAAUCAAGAAUAUCAAAACAUGCAUCGAUAUAGCUGCUUUCAAAUCACUUCAAAAUAACUCUAAGAGGAGCGAAUUCUACCAUUAAUAUGUAUGAGAUCUCUAUAACUCCCGCGAUAUCAGAUUCCACUCUAAGACGAUAAAUUUUAAGAGAAGCGAAACCCUAGCUAACUCAGCUACUUGGUCUUUACCUGUACUACUCUGACUCAAUAUUCUCCACAUCUUUCAUGGCUUCAGAAAUGAACUUAGAAAUUGCCUACAAAUUUUAAGCCUACCAAGUUAGCAUAAUCUUCCAGAGAUCAUUUUCACUUGAUGACUAACCUAGCGAAUUCUAGAGUUUCAAGGACAAGGUACUUAACUAUGUCUUUAUUUAGUGCAAAAAAGCAAUGUCAGAUAACAACUUCAAGGUUGUAGGGAGACUUUAAAAAUUUUACAAUCCUUAGGAAAAGGUGAAAAUAAAUGCUCACAGACUUGAAGUAUGGCCUGGUUAUUCAAUGCAAGUUAAAUGUCUAAACGACGGUAUUUUCUUAAAUGUGGACUCAAUCAGUAAGUUUAUCAGCUAAACCACCAUUUAUGAUAAAAUCAAGCAAAUGUAGAGGGAGAGAUACACACCAGAAUAAAUUAAAGAAAUGUUGCUCCAGGAUUAAUAAUUAGUUGUUAUCACAAAGUAUAAUUCUCGCCAAUAUCAUGUAGUCGAUAUCUCUUUUGAUAUUACUCCAUCAGCACAUAUAUUUACUUGGGAAUACUACAAUCCAUUCAAUGAAUAAAAAGAAAUACUUACUACUGACAUGGUUGAGUUUUUCAAUUUGAAAUGGAAUCUUGUGCUUCCUUCAAAUGAAAAAUCUUAGCCCUGUCUUAUUUCAAUUAAAGAUGGCAAUCAAGUUUUAUUACCAGCUUCCCUUUGUCAUGAGGCUUCCCUCCCUAAAAGUUUUACCAAGGAUUCUGCUCUAAUCAGAAGCAUCUAGCCUUAUAAGUUAAACAAACCUCAAGAAAGAUUUGAAAGGAUAGGCCUUAUUAUAGAUAAAAUAAAAGAUAACUAGGUCUUUGCUGAUUGGGAUAUCAAGGUUUCCUAAAAUUUUGCUUAAAUCAAAGCAAAAUAACUCGCACAUCCUAAUGUAUACAAUUAGUACAAUAUGAGUAGUCCGUUUGAAACAUAUGAAAACAAGCAGUAUUUUCACACUCAGCCAGCAUAGCUGAUUGAUGAAAAAUGGGCUCUAGUAUAUAGUGGGGAGAGAGAGCAGUUCGAAUAUGCAACAAAACUUGUGGAAUUAAUGAAGUAAGCCUCAAGAUAACUCGGAAUAAAGGUUGAUGACCCUUAAUGGCUAGAGAUCCCAGAGAUAUGCUCUCCUGACUGCUUCAUUGAUGCUAUCAAAUCAGAUAUUGAUCCGAAUUACACUCAAAUUAUAGUAGUUAUUUUACCAGCGAGAUCUUUAAAGCCUAAUAUAAAAAAGUACUUGGAUGAAAUCGGCCUUCCAUCUCAGUUUAUUAUCACUGACACUAUAAGAAAGUGCGUAGAUGGUCCUAGAAUCCAAUUAGGGCCAAUUUCCAUGAUUUUAAAGCAAAUAAAUGCCAAGUAAAAGCUAGAUCUUUAUAGAUUAGUCCUACCUUAUCUUAGAAGAAGCAUGAUUAUUGGAAUCGAUGUCGCUAAAUCUGGAAAUAAAGCUGUUAUUGGCUUAUCUGCUUCUUACAAUUCUCAUCUGACUCAAUACUAUUCUUCAGUUAGAAUCUAAGAUCUGCCUAAAUCAGGAGAUUUUUUAACUGGUGAAGAAAGAACUAGCUAUUUAACUACUCAACGGAUACUCAUCAUAGAGUUGAUUUAAUAGCAAAGUAUCAACUACAGUCCCAUGAUUAUAUAUGCACUAAUUGAUAAGCUGUCUGACCAUAGACUCUUCAUGACUUCUAAUGAUUAAGUGUGGAAUCCUGGUCCUGGAACAGUUGUUGACACUGCUCUUGUUGAUAAUUAAGGGGAAAUCCUAUUUGAUUUCUAUAUGAUUCCUCAUAAAGCACCUGUUGCUACUGCUCUGCCAGUGCAUUUCAAAAUAGUUUACAAUUCGAGUGAGCAUGAUAAAAAUGAUAUUGAAACUUUUACCUACCAUCUCUGCUAUGGAUAUUUUAAUUUUGUUGGACCAAUCAAAGUUCCAGCUGCCGUAAUGUAUGCUAAGAAAAUUGCAAAUUAUAUAAUUGACUACAAGAUUAUCGAAACAAACAACACAUUAAGUGACAGCCUUCAUUUUCUAUGA